AUGGACCUUCUCCUUGGGCUCUGUACCCUCUUCCAGCUCUUUCUGUCCUCCUCCAGCAUCUGUGGCUUUCGACAACAGAGGCCCAACUUGGACAGUCUCCCAGAACAGAGUGAAGAACCAGAGGCUCCAUGGAUAGUGAACAUUUUUGGCAAUGGGAAGAGCUGCCAAGGAGUUGUCCUGAGCAGCUGGUGGGUCCUGACAGCAGCCAACUGCUUCCUGACGAUGUUGCCAAGCCAUGUAGAGUUGACUGGGGCGAGUGGGCGGACCUACACUGAGACGGUGAGCCAGUUUGUCCCACACAAGGGCUUCAGUCCCUGGGAUGAAACACCUAAUAAUGACUUGGGACUCGUUAUGCUUGGCCAACCACUUGAUCUAGCAAGGGAAGAUAUGUGGCCAGCUUGUACCCCCAGUGACGACACAGCUUUUAAUUCACAGGAAGGAUGUAAGAUAUUUGAACGAAGUGUGCAAGGAUCCAUACAGGAAAUUACAUUGAAUGAUUUGGAGACAUCAGUAUGUGCUGUUGAAUGGCCUGACACAAAAAAAGAAUUGAAUUUGUGUGUCACAAGAAAUACGUCAGAAGACACAAGUUGCACGGUGCCUGUUGGCAGUCCUGUGAUCUGUCAUAACCCACGCAAUGGGCAAUGGGAAGCCAUGGGCAUCGUGACCCAGAGCUUGGAGAACUGCACAGCUCCUAUCCUGGCUUCCCAGCUUCUAUCUCAUCUGAAGUGGUUGAAGAAAGAAGGGGCAAUAGAGGAUACUGAUACUGAGGCACCGUCUCCUGUACCAGAACAAGUAUCAUAUUUGACAUCUGCACCAACUCUAAAAGCAUAUGUAGUUAAGCACGUCUCUUUAAAACCAUCAACACCACCAGCAAAGCCUUCCUCCACGGCCAAUAAUGUAAUUCUUAUAGCACCCUCCACAGCCCAAAAAUUAUCACACGAAACACCAAAAGUAAUGCAUUAUGUUCUCCAAACUACAAAUCCACUUACAGCUACUACUCAAUCAUCUACAACAGUCAAAGAAACACCUGAAGUUCCCCCCACAACUAUUCUGCAAACAUCAACAGCAGCACAACAGUUAUUUGUAACAUCCACAACAGCACAACAGUUAUUUGUAACAUCCACAACAGCACAACAGUUAUUUGUAACAUCCACAACAGCACAACAGCCAUCUACAACACAAACAUCAGUAUCAAUAGCCUCUUCGACACCCAAACAAGCAACUGUAAAAACCCCAACCUUCAAACCACCACAUGUGAUAAUAAUACCUGCGACCACGCCAAGAACAACAUCCCCCAUGCCUACAACUGAUGUUAAUCGUGGUGCACCUGUUAGUUUUGUUGUUGCGGCUUCCCGGUUCACCAGGGUCAAGAGAGAAGAAAGCCGAUCCACCGAUCCUACACCGGCGUUACGUGUCCCACCCGUAAUUCCCCAUUUGGGACUCCCGGUGCAAGUGAAGUCAAAGCAGUGUGAGAUAGGACUGGCGUGGAACAGUGACUCUCAUACCUACCAACUCAGCAAGAUGGCCAUUCUGAUUGAUCGCAAAGUUGGGUGUGGGCUGAGGCCUGGAUUUGUGCCAAAGUGUCCAAGCUGCUCUGAGGCUGAAAUGGGCGAAUUUCCCUGGAUUGUUUCUCUCAGCCUAUCCAUCCAACACUUUUGUGCUGGCUCCAUUCUCAACCGUUGGUGGAUUUUAACCACAGCCAACUGUGCCAAUCUUAUAAAGAAUUCGGAGGCUUUGGCGCUGGUACAGGUUGGACUGAUAGAUGUCUCUAAGCCGACGCGCUCAGUUCAGAUCCGCCAGGCUCUGACACACCCCAAGUCAUUGGAACAGGGAGAUCUUCACAACCUGGGACUUUUGGAACUGGAGAAGCCGCUGGAUUUUGGGCCUCUUGUUUCACCUAUUUGUAUCUCAGGAAAAGCAGAUAUGAUGGGUGAUUUCAGAGACUGUUGGCUACCAGGCUGGACUGUGCUAGAGGGAGGUCCUACUGUACUAUUGAGAUAUCACAUAGACAUCUUGAACAUCAGCAGCUGCAACCAGCUGGAAGACACACUCUCCGGUGCCAUCUUCUGUGUCAAGGCCCAAAUGGGCAAAGAAGGGGUUUGCAAGGGUGAUGUGGGGUCUCCACUGAUCUGUCCUGACCCCAAGGGUGGGGCAUGGCUUCAGCUGGGGGUGUUAAGCAGCUUUGAUGAAGCCUGUUCCCGCCCCUAUGUCUUCAGCAGCCUGCCUCACUACUUGCCCUGGUUGGAGAAGAUCACCAAGGCUGAAGGGCAUCGGUACAACCUUUCCGUUCCUUGGGAACGGCUGGGCCCGGCUAGGAACCUUAGGCUGCUGCGGGAACCAGAGACCUUGGUUGGAUGGAUCUCAGCACAGUCAUCUUUGCCCUGGCAAGCGCUCGUUGCCACCUGUGCCAAUGUGAGCUGCGGGGGCUCCAUCCUGAGCCACUACUGGGUGCUGACAACAGCACAGUGUGUGAGAGAAGCGGACCCAGAAGGCACUGCUGUUUUUGUGGGGUUGAUGCACCCCAAAGGCCACGUCAAGGGGGUUCGUGUGGCUGGGAUUUACCUCUCUCCAAACUCCAGUGUAGCUCUACUGCUUCUCCAGAAACCCAUCGCCUUUAACAAGUACAUCACUCGUAUGGCCUCCUCCGCAACAGCAUCUUGGGAUAGCUGUAAAGUGAUGGGCCUGCAGAUACUACAAUCCGGUGAGAUUCAGGUUAAUCCCAGUGCAUACCAAGUAAAAGUGCUAUUACCCUCGGACUGUGCCAAGGAAUAUCCUGGGGUCAAACCAGCCAUGUAUUGUAUCGUAAGGGAUAACUCUAGCUACCUGCCUGCUGAAGCUGUAGGUGAAGGUGCCGCCCUGCUGUGCAGUUUGGAGUCAAAAAGCACAAGCUGGAGGCAGGUUGGCUUUGUGAGUGCGCCCCUUCCAGGAUCCCAGGCGGUUAUUCUGUCCUCUUGUAUCUCCUCCUAUGCUGACUGGAUAGAAGAAACAUCAGAAAGAGCCAAACACCUGGUGCAUCUGUCCCAUGGAAGUGCACCCCUUAGGCCAAAUAUUUGGCUCCUCCUCCUAAUUCUGUCCUUAUUUGGGGCGACGGAGUUGGGUUGAAUGAAGGAACAAGAUGGCAAUUCCACACUUGGAACCUUCUUCAGGGAAUGCUCUCCUUUGGAUGUGCCCUCAAAGAGAUUGGACGAAGGGCUCACUCAGCAUCGAUGGCUUUUUAUUCUGCAUGUGGACCCAUUCUCAUCUGCGAAGGUACCAUGGGGCUCUUCCACCAGACACUGCCAAGCGAAAGGCAGCCCUCACCGCCCCCAGCACUCGUCAGUUGGGACUCAGCCAAGAUGAGCUUCUCUAGACAAUGUGGUCUAUCUGAGCUGUGCGAGGUUGUCUAUCAUGAAGAC